CGAGGCGGAUUUGUUUUGCAGACUUCCUCCUCUGCGUGUUUUCAUAAACAAAACACAUUUUUUGGACGCAGCCGCACAGUCGAGCUGUCAGCCAGCCAGCAUUGUCCGAUCCCUGCUUUAAUGUCGCACCUUUCCAGCUUUAUUUUAAAGCUUUAAAUUCAAAAAUCAAAGAAAAAACAAGCAAGUCUGGGUUGUCUUUGUCUUGGUCGACGCACCGACAGCUCGACCUCUCUGCAGCCGAUUCUGCUGCAUGAUCUCCGGCUGUGAGUCACUCUGGUCCGCACGGAGCUCCUCACAGACAUGGUGAAGCUGACAAAGGCCAAGACGUUCCAGGCGUACCUGGACUCGUGCCACCGUCGCUACAGCUGUGUGCACUGUCGCGCCCAUCUGGCCAACCAUGACGAUCUCAUCUCCAAGUCUUUCCAAGGCAGCCAAGGCCGAGCCUACCUCUUUAACUCUGUGGUGAACGUCGGCUGUGGUCCUGCGGAGGAGAGGCUGCUGCUCACAGGACUUCACGCAGUCGCCGACAUCUACUGUGAAAACUGUCACACCACGCUGGGCUGGAAAUAUGAACAAGCCUUUGAGCUGAGUCAGAAGUACAAGGAGGGGAAGUUUAUCAUCGAGCUGUCCCACAUGAUAAAGGACAAUGGCUGGGACUGAGAGGGAAAUCAUCAUCUUUCUCCAUGACUUUUUUUCAAAGGUUGCAUCCCCCUCGACUUAAAAAGGGUUCCAGUGUAGCUUCCUCAUCCCGCGUACGAGCCAUCGCUGUGUCUCACUUUCACUUCGUACGGCUUCGCAAAGAAUAGCAUGUGGCGCCUUAUCUUUUUCUGCUCUUCAUGUUGUUUUUCCAGCGACCACAACAAAACAUUUUGCUGAUCUUGCUAUCCAGAUUGCUAGUUGUGCUGGGGACAUGGACUGAAUGAGUGCAGGGUUUGUGUGUGAACGACUGGGAGACGUAGUCACGCAGGCGCGAGUGCGUGUUGGAUUUUAAAGCGUGUGUGUUUGAGUGAUGAGCGCUUCACAGUCUCGCCGUGUGGGGACGAGGCCACGGCAAGUCAAAUAAUCUGACCUUUUUUACAUAUGAGAUGCAGUUAUUUGGGGUUUUCCUUUAGAGUUUAAGGUGAACAUUUAGACAUAUCUGGCCCAAACUGAGUAAAGUAUACUGGCCUGUUUAACCCGUAGAUCAUUUUUGAGUGAUGAAAGGGUGUGGGAAUGCUUAAAGCAGUGGGAGGGUUUUUUUUUUUUUUUUUAUCAGUGACAUUCAUGUUUUUAUGGUAAGAACUGAAACACUUGUUCAUAUUUUGUUAAAGGCAAUCAGGAUGUUGAAUUAGUGACGUUAAAGCCCACAAAAGUCUCCUGCAGGAAUUCUUAAAUCUGGUAUGAAUGUCUUCUGCUUGUAGGUAUACAUUUUAGUGUGUGUGUGUGUGUGUGUGUGUGUGUGUGUGUGUGUGUGUGUGUGUGUGUGUGUGUGUGUGUGUGUGUGUGUGUGUGUGUGUGUGUGUGUGUGUGUGUGUGUGUGUGUGUGUGUGUGUGUGUGUGUGUGUGUGUGUGUGUGUGUGUGUCAGUGCUGAGAUGUCUUUAGCUGGAUGAAGCAUUAGCCUGGGGUUCACAUGUAGACUUUCCACUGCACAGUCGGGACAUCUUCACUUUUACCUAAUGCUGAUGAGAUCUCUCCUUCAUGUGUUUUGUGUGUAGUCUAACACGGAGCUGCCGAUCAAAUCACUCAAUCGUGUUAGAGCAAAGUGUGAUUAGGAUUAUGUAGCAUAUUUAUGGUGAUUUUUAAUGUCUGCUUAUUUCAUUAAAAGUGUAUUAUUUUAUCCUAAUCUUUCAUUAAAAUACAGUGUGUCUGUAA